AUGAUGAUGAUGAAAAACCUCCCUUUAAUAAUAAUGGAGCUUUUUGUUGCGUAGUUUGAACUUAAUUGUGGAGCUUGUCAUCAAAGGUUGUGCAGAUAAUUACCUGUUUGUGCUCAAUGGGAAGACGAAUUCACUUUGUCGUUGACCCUCGGGGUUGGUGCUGCAUGGGCCUGAUUAUCUUUGUCUGGCUGUACAAUACAAUCUUCAUUCCAAAAGUCAUCCUUUUUCCUCACUAUGAAGAGGGACAUAUUUCAGUUGUGGCAAUUUUGUCUUAUUACUUCUGCUCAUUGUUUUGCAUAGCUUCAUUACUAAGAGCCUCAGUAGCUGAUCCAGGAAAGCUACUUGAAAACCCAAAGAUACCAAUUACAGAAAGAGAACAUUGGGAAUUAUGUAACAAAUGCAAUAUGAUGAGACCAAAGCGUUCACACCAUUGCAGUCGUUGUGGGCAUUGUGUGAGGAGGAUGGAUCACCACUGUCCAUGGAUUAAUAAUUGUGUUGGUGAAGACAACCAUUGGCUGUUUUUACAGCUGUGUUUCUAUACACAGAUUCUUAGUUCUUAUACACUGAUACUUGAUUUCUGCCAUUACUACUACUUUUUGCCUCUGAAAAAAGAAAACUGGGAUGUUUUUGUAUUUAGACAUGAACUUGCUCUCCUAAGAAUAUCUGCCUUCAUGGGCCUAAUAGUAUUAGGUGGAAUAAGUGGCCUCUUUUACACUCAGCUAAUGGGUAUUUUCACUGACACUACAAGUAUAGAAAAAAUGUCAAACUGUUGUGAAGACAUAUCAAGACCCCGAAAGCCAUGGCAGCAGGCCUUCUCAGAAGUUUUUGGCACUCGGUGGAAGAUCCUGUGGUUUAUUCCUUUCAGGCAGAGGCAGCCACUGCGAAUUCCCUACCACUUUGCCAAUCAUGUCUAAACAGAUGGAUGAUGAGCAUGGAUGGGUCCUCCACACUGGAAGUGUGCUACAGGUUUUAUGAUAAUAGGACUGUGCCAGUCUUCAAGUCAAUUAAAAUACAUCCACCGAUUGUAGGCAUCACACUGUGCUUUAUUUAAAUAGUGAUCACGAUUCUAUACAGAGGUUAAUAAAAAUUGCAUAGACUCAGAAAAUCAUUAAGAUAGGAAGAGUCCUUUAAGAUCAUUGAGUACAACCAUUUCAGAUUAUUUUUUCAAAGGGAUUUAUUUCAUCCUUGAGAUUAAUACCAAAGCAAAUGACUGGAAUGCAGUCUUAAUCUAUUUGUUUGAUACUUUUGAUUUGUUUGUUUGGACGUUUGGUAGGGAACACUGAAGUUUACAUUGAUAGUUAGCUUUCCCACUAAGUGUCUUAUUCUGCCUUGAACUUUUUUAGUGUUUUUUAUCAGUAGGUCUGUCUAGAAAAUAUUCAUGCCUUUUUUAUGGUAUGUAUGUUUAAAAUUCUCUGCUAUUCAUUUAUGAUAUGCAGUAGUAAUCUUGCAGCAUCACAGUAUAAAAGAUAACAUUUAGAACUGAGACAUUUUCCUGAAUCUUUCUCAGAGUUUUUAUAAAUACACAUAAAUGUAUGUAUUUAUAUAGAAAAAAUGCUACAGUUCACAGUUAUCUUUCUUCAUAGAUACGAUUUUAGUGACAAAAUUCAUGUCUUUCCAUCAACAAAAGCGAUUAAAUAUUUCAGGGUAAAAUAUGCACAUGAAAAGCAUGUAUUCCUUAUAUCCCAAGGAUUUCUCUGCAAUAAUUCAACAAAAUUGUAUGGUGCAAAUGCUAGAAUGAUUACUUUUUUAAAAUGUAGAUUUAGUUAGUCAGCAUAAAGUACCCUAAAGAAGAGUAUAUUGUCAACAAAG